GAAUGACUGGUCUUUAUGCCUAGCAUGACAUAAAGUUGUGCAAGGGUAUGAGACAUAAUCUGUAGACAAAAAAAGAAAAGAAACAGCUCAGUGCAUUACCUUUCUAUGCGUGAGAUGCGAGGGUCGGACAUUAAAAAUUUAUUAUAUACAAUUCUAUUCUGUAUAUUAUCUAUAAUUUUAUAACAUCUUAGUAACAACUUCAUCAAUUAUGUUAGAAUUAUCCUAUAAAUAUAUAAACCUAUAUUAAGUUACAUUAAUUAAGUGGUAGAAGUGCAAAUGAUCCACUAAUAUGAUUAGAUAGUGGCCUAGAAAAUAACCAUAAUUGGGGCCAGGCUUCAAUUUCCACUCCCAAAAAAAUGGCAUCACUCAGAACAACCACAAGCUUUCUCGUCCGGGGUAUUUUCCGUCCGUCAAUGCACUUGCCAACUGUUAUUCGCUUCAUCCAUAUCUCACCACCACCAUUUCCGUCAGCGCGCGUCGUGCUAACUCAUCGGAAUUUAUCACGGCGUCUCUCUAUUACUCCGGUAAGGUGUGCGGCGGCGUCCGACGGCGGCGCUGAAGACGGAAAGAAGUCUCCGGCGAGAAUUGCUCAGGUUCAACAGCUGUUAUAUGAAGCUAAGGAGCGAGCUCAAGCUGCGGGGAAUGAUCCUAUUCCUAAGAUUACUAUUGAUCAUGUUACAGUUAGCUUUGCAAGAAGUGGAGGUCCUGGAGGUCAAAAUGUCAAUAAAGUAAAUACCAAGGUGGAUAUGCGGUUCAAUGUUAAAAAUGCUUAUUGGUUAAGCGACAGAGUCAGAGAGAAGAUUUUGCAAAUGGAAAAGAAUCGGAUAAAUAGGGAUGGAGAGCUUGUGAUCUCUUCAACAAAGACAAGAACUCAGAAGGGUAACAUCGAAGAUGCUUUGAGUAAAUUACAGGCUAUAAUUGAUGUUGCUUCUUAUGUACCACCACCUCCAUCUGAAGAGCAAGUGAAAAGAAUAAAUAAGUUGGCUGCUAUUGGGGAGCGCAAACGGCUUGACAACAAGAAGGCUCAGUCACAAAAGAAGGCUAUGCGAAGAAGCAGAGAUAGUUAUGACUGAUUCCAUGAACUCGAGAUGUCCAACACAGGCAGUUUGAUACCAAAUUCUCCUAGCAUUUUGAUCAUUUCCUUUGUCCUACAUUGAACGAUACGAAAAUGUUUCGAGGAAUUAGUACAGAAUGCCAUGUCCUUCAGAUGAGAGUUUCUUGAUAAGUUGAUAUAACUUAUAUAGCAGAUUAGCUAAAAGAAUCUAGACACAGGAUUUACUGAGAGGAAAGGAUGGUGCACUUCCUUUUUCUUUAUGAAGAUGUUGAUAUUGGAUAGGGUAAGUGUAGGUUUUGGGUGAAUAUGCUUCUGUAGUUACAAAAAAAGGAUAAUGCACCCACCUUUUUUUA